AUGCCCGGGCAGAAAAGGAAGAGUACCGCCAGCCACGCCGAGCAGAAGAGCAAAUCGUUGAAAGAAACAUCCAAGCCGUCGGCCGUCUUCACUCCGACUAAGCCUCGCCACCACACGGUCAGCAUUGCUCUGCCGGGAAGCAUCAUUGCAAAUGCCUUGACUCACGACCAAAAGACCGCAUUAGCCGGGCACAUUGCCCGCGCAUGCGCAGUUUUUUGUGUCGACGAAGUGAUCGUCUUCGACGAUGGACAAGCGGAGACACGCCCGCCCGAGAAGGACGGCUACACAGCCUUCACCGACCCCAAUUUCUUCCUCUACCACUUGCUGAGCUAUCUCGAGACGCCUCCGCAUCUGCGCAAGAAGCUAUUCCCAAUGCAUCCCGAUCUGCGGACCGCCGGCUCUCUUCCAAGCCUCGAUAUGCCGCAUCAUCUGCGGAGCGACGAGUACUGUCCGUAUCGGGAAGGUGCCGUGGUGCGCACAGGGGUUCGUGGAAGCAACGCGUCCGGGGUGCUCGUGGACUGCGGACUACAGCAGCCAGUCUUCGUCCCGGUCGAAGUCGACCUCAACACACGGGUCACCAUCAAGCUGGAUCCCGCGGGCGGAGAGGAUGGCGAGGCGGUGUCGCCCGAUGCUCCUCGUGAAGAAGCGGGCUACUACUGGGGCUACGCGAUUCGGCAGGCUUCGUCGCUCGGCAACGUCUUUACCGAAUGCCCAUACGACGGCGGAUACGACAUAAGCAUCGGCACGAGCGAGCGCGGAUGUGAUGCCCGCGAACUUCUAGAAGCCGGCUCGGAAUUUGCCGUGACCCCUUCUUGGGAUCAUCUGUUGGUGGUGUUUGGCGGGGUCGCAGGGCUGGAACCGGCACUGGAUGCAGAUGAGGCCCUGUUGCGCACAGGAGUUGAUCGGGUGGAGAUGGUGUUUGAUCAUUGGGUGAAUCUAGUGCCUGGGCAGGGCAGUCGGACGAUCCGCACGGAAGAAGCACUUUGGAUUGGCCUCACGGAACUGCGGCAACUGGUGGUGACAAGGCUUGCGGCUUGA